AUGCUGCCGCCCAAGAGGUUUCCAUUUCCUCUGCAACUAGGGACUGACUUGUGUCAAAUCUCCCGCAUCUACCGGAUUCUGGCCAGCGACAAGGAGUCCAGCUUUCUCCGUCGCAUCCUCACCCAGGAUGAGCGCCUUGCAAUCCCUGCCCACCUGAAGUCGGCUGAUGCAUCAGCGACGCCGUCCGAGAUUCCCAAAGAUGACGACUUUCAGGCGCUGAAGAAGCGCAACCCGCUUUUAUGGAAGAAGGCUAGCUUCCUAGCUGGCAGAUUCGCAGCCAAGGAAGCGACAUUCAAAGCACACCCCACGAGGAAUCUAACGUGGCACGACAUCACCAUUGUCCGGAAGCAAUCCGCGCAGCUGAAGGAUAUUGAGGGGCAGAGGAAGGCCAAGGAGACGGAACCACCCGCAUCAACCCCCAAUGGAAGCGGCCCGCCCAUCGCCAUCGUGCGCAGCCUGCACGAAGGGAUGCCCGGGCAGGAGGUGCUGGUAUCCAUCAGCCACGACGGGGACUACGCCACGGCCGUGUGUCUGGCCUUUGAGGCCCAAGGCGACGGGUACCCGAGUCGCAAGCAGCCCGAGGAGCGCGAGGAGAGCAAGAAGCGCGGCGGUUCCCGCGACGCCGAGGCUGAGAAGGAGGAGAAGAGUGCGAGGGCGGCGGAGGCGGCUGUGGAGGUCAAGAUGAGCUACGAGGAGUUUGAGGAGUUUAAGGCGUGGCGGGCGUGGAAGGCCGAGGCUGAAGAGCAAAGGAAGAAGAAUCGUGAGAAGUGA